AUGUCUGUGCAAAUCAAACCUCGUAUUUUGCUUACACAAACUCUCCCAGAAGUCGCGCAAAAGAGGAUAGAAAGUUUCGACGACAUUGAGCUAAUACAUUGGAAGGAUAAUGUCAUUCCUCAUAGUGAACUGUUGAAAUUAGUGAAAGGCGUCGACGGUUUGAUAUGCAUGAUCACUAACAAGAUCGAUGAAGAAGUGAUUGAGACAGCUGGAGAUCAACUAAAAGUUGUGUCUACGAUGUCAGUUGGAUAUGACCACGUUUCUAUCCCUGCUCUCAAAUCUCGCUCCAUUCCUCUUGGCUACACGCCAGAUGUCCUAACCGACGCAGUGGCGGAUCUAGCUGUCCUCUUGGUGCUCACAGCUGCCCGUCGUCUUCGUGAAGGCAUUUCCGCUGUCUAUAACGGUGACUGGAAGGUAUGGUGUCCAACAUGGCUUCUCGGGUGCCAACUCACCGAUAAAACCAUUGGAAUAAUUGGUUUGGGAAGAAUAGGGUUGGGUACAGCAAAGAGGUUGAAACCAUUUCUGGGUAGCAACGGAAGGAUAAUAUAUGCGGGUAGAACUAUGAAGAAGGAGGCAGAAGAAGUCGAUGCAAAAAAAGUAGAAUUUGAUGUUUUAAUUAAGGAAGCAGAUGUCGUGAUUAUUUCAUGUUCACUGACCGAAGAGACGCGUGGGAUGUUCGACUACGGAGUCUUCAAAAAGAUGAAGAACAGCGUAAUUUUAGUGAACAUAGCCAGAGGGAGUGUGAUUAACCAGCCUGAUCUGGUGCGUGCACUGUCUGAGAACCGGCUGGGUGCUGUUGCAUUGGAUGUAACUACACCUGAACCACUUAGUCCCGAUGACCCGUUGUUAAAGUUUAAGAACGUAACGGUAAUGCCUCAUCUUGGUAGUGCGACAGUAGAAGCAAGAACAGCGAUGGCGAAUAUUGCUAUUGACAACCUAUUAGCAGGAAUCAAAGGGGAGAAGUUACCAUAUCGAGUGGAGCUUGAUUAA